ACCUGCAGGCUGCAGCGCUGAGGUCGAGGGGAGGAGAGAAGCAUGGCUGCCUUUCUCAGAGGUUCUCGGAGUGUUUUAAAGAAAUGUAACAGUUAUGUCGACCUCAUGCUGGUAUCCUGUAGAACGAUGGCCUCUAAAACUCCAGUGGGUUUCAUUGGCCUGGGUAAUAUGGGUACACCCAUGGCGAAGAACUUGCUGAAGAAUGGAUAUCCAGUCAUUGCCACGGAUGCUUUCCCAGAGUCCUGUAAAGAGCUACAAGACUCAGGAGCACAGAUUCUGGAUUCUCCAGCUGAGGUAGCAGAGAAGGCUGACCGCAUCAUAACUAUGCUUCCAUCAAGUCCUAAUGUCAUUGAAGUUUACACUGGACCCAAUGGUAUACUCAAGAAAGUUAAGAAGGGCACACUGCUCAUUGACUCCAGCACCAUAGACCCCGCCGUCUCUAAGGAAAUGGCCGUGGCUGCAGAAAAGAUGGGCGCAGUGUUCAUGGAUGCUCCAGUUUCAGGAGGUGUUGGUGCUGCAAGUCUUGCUAAACUCACAUUCUUGGUGGGUGGAGUGGAGGAGGAGUUUAAUGCUGCUCAGGAGCUGCUCACUUGUAUGGGAGCUAAUGUUGUUUACUGUGGCCAAGUAGGAGCUGGACAGGCUGCAAAAAUUUGCAACAUCAUGCUGCUUGCUAUUGGAAUGAUUGGCACAGCAGAGACAAUGAAUCUUGGAAUCAGGCUGGGCUUGGAUCCGAAGCUGCUGGCUAAGAUUCUAAAUAUGAGUUCCGGUCGUUGCUGGUCCAGUGACUCUUAUAACCCCGUCCCCGGUGUGAUGGAAGGUGUACCCUCUGCCAACAACUACCAGGGAGGCUUCAGCGCCACACUAAUGGCUAAAGACCUGGGUUUAGCCCAGAACACUGCAACUAACACUCGGACUCCAGUUUUUCUAGGUUCGCUGGCUCACCAGGUCUACCGCACCAUGUGUGCUCGCGGCUAUGCUAACAAAGACUUUUCCUCCAUUUUCCAAUUCCUACGAGAGGAGGAGGGACAGUAAAUCUGGUCCCACUGUUCAAAUUGGGCUCAUGCUGCAAAGGGAGCAGUCGUCGUUGUGAUUGACCAGUUUAGUAUUGAUAUAUGUGUCAGUGUCCAAAGAUAAAGUUUCGUUAAAGCUAACAAAAUUUGUUUCUGCAUUGUUUAGUAGUCAAAGAAUGGUGCUGAUGACUAUGGUGAAUAGUCUGCAGUUCUGUGUUUUAAAGGUACUCUCCCACCUUUGAUCCUAUGCAUUUAGAUUUAGAUUUAAAUUUGCAUCUGUGAUUUCAUUUUGUCCUGUUGGGGCGAGAUGAUGAUGAUGUUGGCCAUUCUGAAUGGCCACUUUUGACCUUUAGUCAACUGUAUCUGUUUACAAUUUACUGACUUUUACUUCUUCAAUUUAACUGGAGGAGGCAGUCCUACUUUGCCCUCAUUGGAUAGAUCCAUUAAGGGCUUUCCUUUCUGAGCCAUAAGUAGUAACUUCUAUUGCUCGCACACUAUCCAGCUCAGGUUACUGAGCAACCAAAUGGAGCUAUAUUAUAUACCUCGUUAUGAUCAGUUUUAAUCUGACAGAUUCCUGACUGUUUAACAAACAUAUGCAUGUGUUACAUUUCUAAGAAUUCUCAGAUUAUGCAUGAAAACUGUAUUCUGCUGUAUUACAUACCACAACGUAUUACAUAGUAAAGUUACAAUUUGUUU